UUGAAUGGAACGGCACACCCCUGAACUGGUUCAAAUUUUGGGGGCAGGAUACGUUUGCCGCUUGAAGUAGCAUUCUUCCUGUUGGCUCCUUGAAUGAUUGCAACCUUCGAAAGAGUCGGUAUAACGUUGUUGAGGUCAGCAGUGGAUUCAAACAUGUCGGACAGGAGAGAGCAGCAGAGGAAGAAGAACAAAGGGACGAAGAGUGCCAUGCGGAUAAUCAAAAAGCAAAGCCCACAGCCGGUAGUACAAGACAUUGAGGAUGCAGUCUCGUCCUUCAGCGAAGAUGAAACUCAGAAACUAAGGGUUGCUCUGUUGGAGUGGUACGAUCAUAAUCGUAGAGACCUUCCGUGGAGGAGGACGUUAAGUCAUAAUCAUGGUUGUGAAAAAGAAGAAGAAGAAGAAGUAGAUUCAAGGGCGUAUGGUGUGUGGGUCUCCGAAGUAAUGCUGCAGCAGACUAGGGUUCAGACUGUUAUUGGCUAUUUUAACCGUUGGAUGGAGAAAUGGCCUACCAUUCAUGACCUUGCACAGGCCUCCCUUGAGGAAGUGAAUGAAAUGUGGGCAGGUUUGGGCUACUAUCGAAGAGCUCGUUUUCUCUUAGAGGGUGCAAAGAAAAUAGUCGCAGAGGGAGGAAGAAUUCCUAGCUCAGUUUCUACACUACGAAGGAUUCCUGGAAUUGGAGACUACACUGCAGGAGCAAUUGCCUCUAUAGCAUUCCGAGAAGCUGUACCCGUUGUUGAUGGCAAUGUGGUGAGGGUGAUUGCUAGACUAAAGGCUAUUUCUGCAAAUCCAAAAGACUCGGUAACUAUCAAGAGAUUUUGGAGAUUAGCAGCUCAGCUAGUUGAUCCUCUCCGCCCUGGAGACUUCAAUCAAUCUCUCAUGGAACUUGGGGCAACUGUAUGCACCCCUUUGAAUCCAAGCUGCUCCUCAUGUCCUGCAUUGAAAUUUUGCCGUGCACUGUCAAUAUCUAAAGAUGACAAUUCAGUACUUGUUACAGAUUAUCCUGUGAAAGGUGUAAAGGUUAAACAAAGAUGCGAUUUUUGUGCAGUAUGUGUUGUUGAGUUACUCGGGUUUGGGCAAAUGUUGGACAAGAACCAGUCUAGCAGUGAAUUUAUUCUUGUAAAAAGGCCCAAUGAAGGACUGCUUGCAGGUCUCUGGGAGUUUCCAUCUGUCUCACUGGAUGGAGAAACUGAUUCAUUGGCUAGAAGAGAAGCAGCAAAUCACUUCUUGAAAAGUAUGCUCAAAAUUGACACCAAAAAGACCUUUAACAUAGUUUUGAGGGAAGAUAUUGGAGAAUUUGUUCACAUCUUCAGUCAUAUUCGCCUCAAGUUGUAUGUUGAAUUGCUAGUGUUACAAUUGAAAGGGCCGAAAGAUAAUUUCUCCAAAAGCCAGGGCAGUGAAACUACAACUUGUAAAUGGGUAGAUAGCAAUGCCCUUUCAAGUAUGGGGCUGACAACCAGUGUAAGAAAGGUAUACAGCAUGGUUCAGAAAUUUAAGCAGAAAAAUUUUACCUCUAAGCAAGUCCCAACAAAGAAGAGAAGUAGAACAACCACUUAGAAACCAACUUAGUGGCCUGCAGGGAGUGCUAUGCUUAUUGUUGCAGUUUUUCUCAAUAAAAAAUAUAGUAUUUUUCUUGCACUUAUAUUGUGUAAAGUGCUCUUCCACACCAUUUUAUUGUUUAUUGGUGGCAAGCUCAUGAUCAGUUAGCAGUCUGGAUUCUUCAGUCACUUCUUUAAUUGCAUGUAAUAUAUUUUGUAAAAGAGAAAGAUGAGAUGAGUACAUUUAUAAUA